GCGCUCUUCCAACUGAGCUAAGGUCGGUACAUUUCCCAUUCCAAACGUUUAUAAAAGAAUCCAUAGCCACCUUCACGCCAUCGACCCCACCUCUCCCGAGCGGCGGUGCUUGUCAGUAAUGGCGUUCCUGCUGAGACGAGGGGCACUGGCGAAGUUUUUCGCUGUUGCAACUGUUUUGGUCCUUGCACGCUCGCUCUUCUUUUCACAGGAUUCUGCACCAUCCUCUGUUGCACAGUAUCGAGGCUAUAACGUCCUCGAACGCGUGACUGGCGUGGACAGGACCCUAAAUGUCCAGAAACACAAGUUUCUGCAGGCAAGGGUGGGCAGGGAUGAGAGGCCUGACAUUCUCGACGACUUGAUAGCCGACGGCGUCCGCGACUACUGGAAUCGCUUCCAACUUCCGAUCAUGAUUGGCAAGGACACUGCGCAUGGGGAUGCACAGAACGUCCUCGGUGCUGUUGAAAAUCUUCUUUCACUCAACGGCUGGGUUGCUGCUUAUUGUCCCACUCUGGUUCGGCCGUUCGGCCAGAACAAGAAUGUCGACGAAGAUGCAUACGACGACCUAGCUAAGGAGGACCGUUUGUACUAUAUCGCUCUUGCCAUUCACUCGGCCGACCAUUUCUUGCUUGACCAACUGGCUGUGAUAGUCCAGCUGGCAAAACGCUUGGGGACUUCCAACUUGUUUGUUUCCAUGCUGGAUUACGGUUCAACAGAUUCGACGGCAACACUCACUGACCUCUGUGAAGCUGUGUUGACUCUCCUUGGCGUUCCGUUCAGAAUCCGACGUGUCCCUGGAAUGACGGAAGAUCCAGCGGCGGCGUACUACCCUCAAGAAGAAGCACACAUGCGUAACCUCGCCCUAGAACCGCUCCUCGAGCUCCAUAGCAAGCGCCAAAUUACCUUUUAUCGCGUCAUAUGGUUAAAGGGUUUCACCUGUCCAAACGACAUCUUGGAGACGCUUCGAGUCAGCAUCACCAACGAGGCUGCCAUGGUCUGUGGUAUGGACUGGGCCGAAUCCAAUGGUCAGUUCACCUUCUCGGAUAGGUGGCGCACGCGCGAUAUCCAUGGUGAUCAAUUCCGACACUCGAAAUCAUCUUCCAGACCCGAUGCCGUUCCUCCUCGGGACAAAAAUGGUGCUUCACGCUAUGUUCAGCACCUGCCUUUCCAGGUUUUUUGUUGUGAAGCUGGGACUCACAUCGUGGACCCUAGCCAGUCGUACUACAAAGGUUUGACGUAUCGUUACGGGACGGACUUCCACAACGCAUCGUCUUCCGAGCCCGUCUCUGUCCGUCCGCCCGAUGCCCCGUGCUUAGAUAGCAGUCAAGCAUGGUUCUGCAGGGACCUCUGGCUUAGUAAGGCCCUUGAGGGCGUUCACGAGGAAGAGUAUAUUGACCCUUCACAACGGCACGGGCAUUCCAGGCCGGGAUCUGGUCGAGAACGGCGUCAAGUUGCUCCAAUGGACCCAGAUGUCAACGCCGGGUCAGAUUUUGACGCCAUGCCCGAUUCCGACUCGCCUAUGGAAGCACAACCAUCUGGCCGAUUGUCCGUUCCAAAUUCGGCAUACAGACCGGCUCGCAUACUGGUAAACCCACGAUGCGUUACAACUUACGCCGGUGUGAGCCACACACAGUUGGCCUUGGAUCUAUUCGGCAGUGGAGAGGACGACAGCCGGGUGAACACAACCAAAAACAUAUUGGACGAUUGGGAAGGUGCACCGGAGAGGUUCGUUUGUCAGGAACAACUUCAAACUGGCGGACGCGUCGCCGCUAAGACACAGCGAUUGCUUAGAUUCUCUAUUCACGAUGAAUUGUCGGCACAAGCAUUCAUAGUUGUAUCGGAAUCGUUGCGGGCAUGUAAUGUAAUACAUUUCAUACACAGAUGGCAAAGACAUGCGCCCAAUACCCCUACCGAACUCUGCGUUUCUUCCCAAAUCCCUUGAAAGCGGCUUCCUCGUCUGAAUCAUCAUCCGCGAUGAUGUGUCGCUUAUUGCUUCGCACCCCGCCGGUACGGACGCCCUGGUUCGGAGCCUCCCGCCCUUGCGUAAACCAUCGCGAGCCUUUACCUUGGGUAGACUCCUCAUCGGAGUCCAGGAAAAGUCGUGCUGCCUGGGACCUCCCUCCCCCGGCAGCAAGUUGCUUCCCUGGCUUCUUCGCGACCGGUA